AACUAGGAAAAAGCGAAGUUACUAGCAAAAUUUUCCCUUCCUUUGUGUGGAGGUUUGUUUGCAGUCGGCUAUCCAGUCGAAUAUGGCGAAUCAGCUCUACGGCUAUAACCCUAGCAGCAAUGCGGGAAUAGCAGCAGGGAGCAACCUGUCUAGGUCGACGACGAGAUCCAUGGGCGACUAUCUCUCUACGGAUAAUAAUAAGACAUUGCUUGGUUCCUCAAGUUAUUUUGGUUCUUCCGGCUAUUCCUUCUCUUCACCCACUAUGCUAUUUAAUCAAAGUGAUAGUUAUAACCCCGCUGCGAGUAAGAUUCCAGGUUUGGCGGCUUAUCAGUCCUCGUGGACUGCACCUCCUGGAGUCGAUGUUGCGCAACCUCCUGCUGCCGACUCUUAUUUUUCUAGCUUGAAGCGCUCCUCCUCUGAUGCACUGUAUCAUCGGACACUUUUGGGUGCACGUAAUACAAUUGGGCAAGCUGAAGCUUGGUUUUCAGCCAAUCCUUUAGCCAAGCGCCCUAGAUUCGAGAGUGCAAGCAAUUUGUCUAUAUAUCCCCAGAGGCCCGGAGAGAAGGACUGUGCCCAUUAUAUGCAAACAAGAACCUGUAAAUUUGGAGAUAGCUGCAAGUUUGACCAUCCUAUUUGGGUUCCGGAGGGUGGAAUCCCAGAUUGGAAAGAG